GUUGCUAGAAGCAGAUUCCAAAUCCAUGCGCUCAAUGAGUGGAUCUCGGAGGAAUAGUGGCUCCUCUCUGGUGUCAAGCUCAUCCGCAUCUUCUAACCUGUCCCAUCUGGAAGAAGACACUUGGAUCCUGUGGGGACGGAUUGUCAAUGAGUGGGAUGAGUGGAGACGAAAGAAAGACAAACUUCUGAAGGAGCUAUUAAGGAAAGGCAUUCCUCAUCAUUUCCGAGCAAUCGUUUGGCAGUUAUUAUGUAAUGCCACUGACAUGCCAGUAAAGAAUCAGUACUCUGAACUGUUAAAGAUGUCCUCACCCUGUGAGAAACUCAUACGCAGAGAUAUUGCGCGCACAUAUCCAGAACAUGACUUCUUCAAAGGCCAGGACAGCCUGGGACAGGAAGUUCUGUUUAAUGUCAUGAAG